GAUGAUGACCCCAUGCCACCCUCAGGGAACCCCUCAAUGUUACUCAGCCUGGUGAAGGACACAAAGGCGUCAGAGCCGACUGUCAUCUUUGACCUGGUGUGGUUCUCUUUGAGUAUUGGGUACUAUGGCCUGUCCCUGAACACAUCCCGGCUUCAUGCUAACCCCUACAUCAGCUGCUUCCUCUCAGCAGCUGCAGAGGUCCCAGCCUACACGUCCUGCUGGCUGAUUCUGCACUACCUUCACUGGGGAUUCAUGCUGAGACUCCACUGCAAGAGGAACAAACUGGUGCGAGAGCUGGAGGAGAUGGUCCGUCUGGCCACAUCCCUGCAUACUCAACUCAAAGGGCUGUCGGCCAGCACCCUGUCCUGCUCGUCGGGCAGCAGUCGGGGGUCUCUGACCUCCAGCCGCUGCUCGCUGGCCACCACCUCCAGCCUUGGCUCCUCCUCGUCCCUCAGCUUCACCGACAUCUACCUGGAGCAGCCCGAGCUGGCCGACCCGGACUUCCAGAACAAGCUGGACAGCCUGCUGCAGGAGGGGGGGCAGGGGGGCUACCGGCCCUCCAGCUCCAUAACCACCAUCCACGAACACGAGGUGGUAACAGGAUCCGGAGAGACGCCUGAGGUCAGAGCAGGUGAGGUGGGAGGGGGUCCCGCUGGAGGAGGCGUGGCGGGGGAGUCGGGGUCGUCCAGGAUCCAGGCCCUCAGACUGUCUGAGACCCCCCGCUCCAUGAGCUCUUUGUCCCCCCGCUCCUCCCUGUCCUCUCUGUCUCCGCCCUGCUCGCCCCUGGUAACGGACACUAGCUUCCUGUCCGGAGAGACGUUCGCGGGCCAGGCGGGGCCGGGGGGGCUGAGCCUGGAUCUGGAGCUCCACAGCAGGCUGGCAGAGCUGGAACUCAGUCUGGACUCUCAGGAGCAGAGGCAGGAGGAGAGGGGGGGGCCGGAGGAGACGCAGAACCACAACACCACACUGGGCGAGGAGGUCAAAGACUUGGCCCCCGAGCUUCAAGGGACGGGUGCGGGGCCAAAGAAGAUGGGCGUGACCUCAGCGGUGUCUGACGAGUCAGUGGCCGGAGACAGCGGCGUGUACGAGCCCUCGGAGCGCAGGCCGGGCCUCCCUGCUGAGCUGCUCCUCGGCUCCUACGACGAGCGGCUGGCCCUCGGCUGCUCUCAGGUGCAGCUGGGCUUCCGCUACGAGUCCAGAGACCAACGCUUCACCAUCUACGUCAUGCAGCUCUCCAACUGCAGCGCCCUCUGUCUGCCCGCUGACCAGAAAAUAUAUGUGCGUGCGGUUGUGCUGCCGUGCGCGGAGGCGUCCCGCUGCCUCUUCAGGACACGCGGCUCUCUGCCACAGGACGUGGUGGAAGUCAACGAGGUGUUCGGCAUGCAGAUAUCCCACAGUGCUUUGCGGCAGAAGACACUGAGGGUUGACAUCUGCAACACCAGCAAGUCGGGCCAUGAAGAGUGUCUGGCGGGAGCCCAGAUCAGCCUCGCUGAUGUCAGCUGUUCGGAGGAGAAAUGCACCAAGUGGUACAACCUGCUGAGUCGCGCCUACAUGCCUGAGAUCAGCAGCAAGGACAAAGAGAGCCGAGCGGCCGGCAGCACUGACAGGCCUCGUGUUUCCAAGAGUGACAGAGUGGGAGCUCCUGAGGACGAUGAAUGGCAUGGUGACCCCCUGGACAUCUUUGACGAUGAAGAAAGAAAUGGCGUGGGGGGGGUGGGGCCUGAAGAGGAAGAGUUUUAUCCUGAGAGCAGCCAAUGGGAAGCAGAGGAAGAGGAAGUGGCGGUGAAGGAGAUCAAACCUCCUCCUUAUCGUGCGCCAGUCAUCACAGAAAAGGUGAACAAAGAGACGAGCAUGGACAACUUGUCCCACCACAGCUCGGUGGUCCGACCUAAGGAGCGCCGGCCAGACGUCCACCAGCAGAACCCCUUCAUGAGGGGCAACACCAUCAUCCGCUCCAAGACCUUCUCCCCCGGACCCCAGAGCCAGUACAUCUGCAGGAUAAAUCGCAGUGACAGCGACAGCUCCACCCUCUCCAAGAAGUCUCCGUUUGUCAGGAACGCCUCGGAGAGAAGAAGCAUGCGCAUGAAGAAGCCCCCGGUGCCGGUGAAGGGUCUGGACGGCCUGCUGAGGACGUCCCUGGACCUGGAGCUGGACCUGCAGGUGUCGCGGACACGGCAGACGCGGCUGGCUCAGGAGCUGCGGGUGCUGCGGGAGCUGAAGACGCAGCUGGAGACGGCCAGGCAGCGCGGCCAGAGGGAGCUGCCCGCCUGGGUGCAGGAGGACGAGCGCUUCCGCAUCCUCCUGAGGCAGGCCGAGAAGCAGACUUGUGAGGAGCAGCUACACGAGAAGCGGGUGGAGAAGAUGAUGAGAGCGGCAGCCAAGGACGUCCACAAGAUCAGAGGCCAGAGCCGGAAGGAGGUCCCCGAGGUGCAGACCUUCAGAGAGAAGAUGGCGUUCUUCACUCGAGCGAAGAGCAACAUCCCUGACCUGCCGGCUGACGACGUGUAGAGAAGCAUUUCAAAGUAUUUCCUCCUCGAGUCUCAACCUGCUGUUCCCAUUCAAAUGAAGCAAAUGUUUGGCGGUGUUAUGAAGAAUUUAAACAAACAAUAUUAAUAAUGUGUUUAGUAGAGAAAACACUCAAAACCGUGAAGAAACACAUUUUUAAAGAGCUCAGCAUUUCUAAUGUGGAUAGUCUAUGUUUGUAAAUUAGUGAUAGCACACGAGCGUUUCUUUUUUUAAUUAUUAUGUCACUCUGUUCCACUUUGAUUUGUGUUUCUGUUACUAACAGGCUGUUUAUAGGUGUGUAACAUCAUUCCAGCACAACGUCACAAAGCUGCAUAUAUGCAUACACAGAGUUUUGUACUGAAAAGACAUAUUUAGACACGAACAUAUAUAAAUGUAUAUUGACAGCACAAAACAAUGGUACUAAAGCUGAUGAUAAAUAACAGAAAUGAAUAUCUUAAUUUAAGAGAUAUGUAACAUUGAUUUUCAAGCAAUGUGUUUUUGUUUUUUUAAACUAUAGACAGCACAUAUGUUUGUAUAUAAUCCUCAUCAGCAUGCAUCAUUUACAACACACACAGCGAGUCUUUGAUUUACAAACGUUACCAAAUGAACUGGAUUUGAUCAUUUAGGAGGCGACAUUCUUCUCAUUUUAGGUCGAAAGUUAAACGAUUGUCUCUCACCAGUUACACUCAGCAAAGUGUAGAAACAGCACUAACUCUCACUAUCACUCAGGUAGUUGAUCGGAUAGUCCGCACUUUAAGAAACUUGAGAUACAAGUUCAAAAAGAAAGGAAAAAAAGUGGGUUUUUGGAAAAAUCUAUAAAAUCCAAAAACCUUUGCCUCGAAUGCGCUGGAAUGAUUGUUAAAUGUUGAAGCACACAAAGAUUGUCAGACAGGAAGAUCAGAUGUAUUUUUGAAGACUGUGAACUAAAAGAGUUUUAAUUUCAGACUUCCCUUCCCUCUAACUGGAUGUUUUGGAUACGCUCUGUAUCUAAAGUCGCUCUCAUGCCUCUUACAACUGGAUGUUCUGCAGCUGAUAUGUAAAAUGUAAGCAUGGUGUCCCAGCAUUACUGAACACAUCAAUUCCAUCCUUGUAUCUUUAAACUAGCUAUGGUUUCAAAGACUAUGUAUUGUUAUGCUGCCCCCAAGAGGCCAAAAAAAAUGCAGGUUUUUAAUUCCUACUUCCUGUUUCCUGCUCUUCAACUGACCCAAAAUAAUUGUCAGAAGAUAAAACAACAUGUUUAAUUGCAGGAGGUUUGCCUAAAUCAAACCACCCUUGUGAGGAAUGUCGAAAUACAGGUUUUAAGGUUUUCUUACGUUUUUCGAUUUAAGUUAAAUUCACCACAAAAACCAGAUAGUCUUAUUUAUCAAUAAACAGGUUCAUGUUCAAGUAACCUUAUUUUUUUUUUUUAGCACUGCUAGUAUUUCUGCUUUCCUGUGGGUGCAAAAUGUAAAAAGAAUAUUCUGAAACAAUUGGAUUUAGAAUUAAAUAUAAAUAGAUAAUGGGUUAAAGUGUCACUUCAGGUAUUAAAACUGUCUAAAAUAUAACAAAUGUCCUAAUUAUAGAAGAUAAUGACAUGCUAAUUUGGACAAGGGUCUAAUUUGGAGUUCCAACUUCAUCUGUUCAUCAUGCUGUUAUAUUUUCACACUUGCAUAGUAACAUGUGUUGGCUAUCAGAGGAGACGGAUAUUCCUCUCGAUGCUUUGAGUGCAGAACGUCUUUUAUCGGUACGUGCAGAGCAGCUCUUAAUCCUCAACUCUGGCAUGAAGUCAGUUCACUGUUUGUGCUCUGGUGAUGUGAUUUCUAUUCAGCUCAGUGACAACUUACGAUGUCUAACUCUGUUUCCAAGGCAACCGGAUUAUAAAUCAGCAGCAGACCUCGACUAUUGUUUGGUGGCCCUUUGUGUUUGUACCUGAACGAUGAGCAGCUGUUGGCGCUUUAUUCAACAUUUCAAUGGUGCUAAAACAAAACUCCUAUGGUGAUAAAUCACUUGUUUUUUGUUGACAUAUUUUAAUAUUUGAAAUCUUUGCUCAUAUAGAAGACAUGACUCUUAUGUAUUUUAAGCAGAUUUGAUAUUUAUGAGGAAGAAACCCCACUCCAAAAUUAGUAGAAUGCACCUACUGGCACUAAAUCAUUUCACAUUUUGAAUAUGAUGGAUUGAAAAACAAAGUCAGUUCAGUUUUAAUUUUGUAGCACUAAAUCAUUGGCACUCAAAUUACAAAGCAGUUGAUGGAGGACCAAAAAACAUUUAAAAAAUAUCAAAGAAAGUCGGACAACAUUGUAGAGCAGCAAAUCGGAUCAGGAAUAAUAAAGAGUGACAAAAACAAGGAUUUUUACUUUUAUAAAAGUGGCAAAAUCAUGUGUUUUUUACGCACUCUUGGGGUUAUAUCAUUGACAGGACUUCAGUCUUAAAGUGGACCUGAAGUUUCUUAACCUGUGACUUUUGGAACAAUUGACUCGCAGACUUUCAGCGCUGUUAUGCUCAGUGUUCCUCUCCUGCUGGGUCACCAUGCUCUUCAUGUGUUGGUACCUUAGGUGCUUUGUAUAAGUAUCCACCACAUGGCGCAAUCCUUCAUUAUCAUGUCUCAAUUCUCGGUGUAAACAGGAAUGUCGCUGAAGAAAACCUCUGCCGCUGUCAUUCCAGAUGUGUCUCUGUUUCACUGUUUGUAGUUAAACAGCAGCUCAUAACAUGCUUGAAUAAUAGAUCAGAUCCAGCAAAGACCUUAAACCUUUUGUCUCUUGGUUUAUGUGUAUGUUUAACACCAACGGAGGGAAUUGAUUUUUCUUGUUGGCUCUUUCCACCUUCUGUCCGUUUCCCCAUCAUCCCCCUCCAAUCCUUAAGUGUAUCUCCCAAAAGUCCCAACAAUUUAAAUCAGCCUCGUUUCUGAUAAUUACACAUUGUAAUAGUUUUUAAUCCACAA